UUGUGAGGGCUUAACCCGCACGCUCUGGUUUUUGCCAUUGUUAUUUCGAAAUAUCAACCUUCAGAUCUGAAGAUUGAUAUUCUUUGUUUUCAUUCCAUUUUCAGUUAAAUUUAACCUACCAAAUAAAGUAAUUGGAAGUAUGGAAUACAUAACAGAAAUCGCCGUCCAUGUAGGAAUGCUUGUAGUCUUCUGGCUAUCGAUGUAUGGCGUUGAAACGUGGCCGUAGAAUGUGGAAAAUAUAAAUAAGCUACCCGUAUCUAAUCACUGUUGUCAAAUUUCAGUCUUUUGUGUAAAGCCGUGUAAUAUAGUUUGUGAUAAUAUUGAUAGUGGUGAUGACCUCGAGGUCUGGCUUGGAUUGUUAGUUGGAGGUUAUAAACCUUCGUCAAUUCUGAUGGUUUGGACAUGUGAUGUUCUGCACUCUGAACAAAUCUUUCCUUUGCAUUUCUUUCUUUUCUCUACCGUUUUCUGUACUUUAUGAAAUGUGGUUACUUGAACUGUUGCAUUUCCGCAAACUCAAACAGCGUCUGUAUAAAAGGCUUAGAGUUGAAAUGACUAAAAUAGAUGUAUUUGGUGAUUAGUUAUUGCUGCGAAAUUAAACGAAAUGACUGACGUACGGAAGAGGUUUGUCCACACUUUUAUUGAUUAGAUAAACACAAUAUAAACAUACAGUGGUUGAGCAAAAGGAAAUGAGAUGUUUUAACACAACUGCAUGGCGUUUGCCUUAUUGGACUGAUCAUUUUUAUAUUGUGGCGUCAUUAGUUUGGUGAGAUCUUGGUGAAAUGUUUCCCUAAUUUGUAUUUCAGAAACUCGUGUUUAAAACUUUACUGAUGGUGUUCUUAUGUGUGCAUAAUUUGCUGAUGUUCAGACAACACUUACAAUCCUUGACUGUUUGAGUGCUACACGAGAAUUCGAUGUACUGCUUGUCACUAAUGUUUCUUUCACCAUUCACAUUAUGUUGAAAACUCAGAUAUACAGUUGUGCAACUUAAGCUUAAAUUUGUCCGAGUUGUCUUUGCUGAGUUACUUGUCUUCUUUUCCUAUAUGCCCUGAUCUGAGUUUUUCGUGAAUUACUGGAGUUAUCAAAUAAUAGGCUUGGUAUUUUUAUCGAGCUAGGAAAUUGUGCAGUUAUGAGAGGAAUAACAGUAAUACAAAGCUAAGUUUGCUCAUUCAUGGGAGUAAACACAGAGUAACCAACCUUCUUCACCCUGUUGCAUAGUGAUCAUAAAGAUAUUCGUUUUUUUACACUAAUCCUUUCAUCAUUAAUCACUGCAGCAUUUGUACUUCUAUUUUCGUAAACACGUAUUUUAGGAACUAUUAAGUCGUACAGUUGGAUGUAUCACACCUUAAAGCCACAACUAAACAAUGUGCGCGGACUGGUCUAUUAUCAAGUGUGUUUGCUUGGACGUAGAUUCUACAGUUUGUGUUGAUGAAGGAUUAGACGAACUGGCCACUUACCUAGGAGUUAGUGAUCAAGUUAAAGUGAUUACUGAGAGGGCUAUGAGUGGGGAAUUAGAUUUCACUCAGGCUUUUGAAACUCGUUUAUCAAUGAUGAACCUGACUAAGAAGAAGCUGGAUGAAUUUAUGGACAAUAAUCCAGUUAAACUGACACCGGGAAUCGAAAAUCUUAUCCAACAGUUCAAAGAGAAUGGGAUUCAUAUAUAUCUGGUUAGUGGAGGAUUGUAUCCAUUGGUUAGCCGCGUAGCAAAGGUGUUGAAUAUUCCUGAAGAAAAUAUUUACGCAAACAAACUAAUUUUCACUGAUGAAGGCACUUAUAGUGGAUUCGAUCACAGUGAACCGACAAGUCGAUCAAAUGGUAAAUCUUUAGUCGUUGCUGAAUUAAUGAAUAAAUUACAAACAUCAGUUAUGAUUAUUGGUGAUGGAAUGACAGAUGCAAAUGCAUGUCCACCAGCUGAAGUAUUUAUUGGUUUUGGCGUAAAUGUAAUUCGUCCUGCUGUACAAAAUAUUUCCACCUAUUUUUGUACAUCUGUGAAUGAAUUAAUUGAAUUGUUAAAGACUAAUAAAAUGUUGAAAUAG